GGCCAUUAUUUCACUUUCACUUUGUUUACAGUGAGAGUUGGUGGGGCACAGUGGAGAAUUCGCAGGGAAAUUUAGCUGCUGACUGGGGGGAGUUUCCAUUGCAGCGGAGGUGGAGAAACACGAGAGCUUGAUUUGCGAGUGAGGGCUUGUGGUCCUCAGCAGUACGAGCAUUGUGUUCAAAGCGUUUGUACAGUAGUGUUUGUACAGCAGUAACCAUAAGUCGUUUCUGUAGUAUACACUUUGUUUUACCUGGACACAGACUCAUUUCACAGAUUUGUCCCUGACAUCUUUUAUGUUCUACCACAACAAAGUGUUGUACAGAUAUGCAGUUGCUGGAGUUGGAGGACUCAGGCAGUCGCUUCAGGUUUUCUCAGUCCUGUGUGGGGCUGGCAGGUAGCCUGUGUGUGUGCUAUGCAGUCUGGACACCAUUGUGGCUGAAGGAGAGGGGACUCUGGACAGAGUGGAAUAACACUGAAAGUGACCAGAUAAACCUUAAAGCCGUGGAAGCAGAGAGAGUCUUCGGAGUGAUUUCCUUCCUCAUGGCUGUGAGCACUGGUGCUCUGUGUCUGGUGUUUGCCCUCUGCUGGACGCCUCGGACGGUGCGCUCCUACUCAAACACUCGCUCUCUCCUCAUGGCAGGACAGGCCCUCUACCCAUCCACGCUGCUGCUGCUCACCAUGGCCUCUACAGGUUUUUUCUUCCUCCUCAGCUGGUCUCUUUUCACCCAUCAGCACAGGGAAGAAAUCCGUCAAGACUUCUCCAGCCUGGGCUCCUCCUAUUGGCUAGGGGCUGUAGGUUGGGUCCUGCUGUUGGUCGUGGAGAUGAUAGUGUUUGUAGCUGAGAAAGCUGUUGUGCCUGACAUCCUGCCAGACUUAGAGACGGCGAUGGAGUCGUGGCGGAUUUCCUCUCAACUUAAGGCCGCUAAACGCUCUUUCAGCGAUAGUUAUUACCCUGGUAACAGGAAAAGCAACAUGACUCCCAAGGGACUUAAGUGGAUUUCAGAAAUCGGGACAUGACAGAGGAACUGGAUUUGAAUGUGUAAGUUACACAUUAAAGCACACAGAUGGAAUGAAUUUCUAGUUACCUAAUAGAUCUUUAAAACCAGACUAAAUAUUGAUUAACUGUGUUGGGGGUUAAGUGUUUGCCAGAGGAAUUAAAGUCUGAGUUCUGGAAGCCAGUGGGACUAAAGGCUCGGAAAUGGAAUAAAAACACACUAAAGACCAACAACACUGGCUGGGAAACCGGGCCCCAAAUGUAAUAUGAGAACUGUUCUCUUACAAAGUGCAUGUGUAGACUGGUGUUUGAAAAGUUUUCAUUAGUCUUUGUCCAGGUUUGCUCUUGGGCCAGGAACAGAUCCCGUUGUAGAGGGUUUUCAGUUGAAUUUUAUGUCAACAAGACACUAACUUUGAAUGAAAGUUUCCAUAGGAGCUGCAAUGUACUGUAGUUGCCGAAAGUUAAAAUAGCGCCAUCUGGUCAUACUGGACAGUCCUCAACGAAAUCAAAAUAGGUUUUAUUUAAAUUAUGUCAAAUACACAUUGUGUUUCUUUGUUGUUUUCUUAUAAAAUGUUUCCUGUUUGCUGAUGAUGAGUAAUACAGAAUGGUCCUUUAUUUGGUAACACUUGUACUUGAAGUUUUCUACAUAAGAGUGACAUGACACUGUCAUGACACAUGAACUGUAACCCUAACCCUUUCUACUCGUUUACCCUGACCCUAACUUGUCAUGACAAGACUGAACAACACUUACUAAAAGAAGAGUUAUGUCAUAAAUGUUUGACUAAAAUGUUAUAAGACACGUUCAUGACAGUGUUGUGUCACUCUUAUGUACUGUAAAGUGUAGCCCCUUAUUAUUACUAAUGUAAUAUGGUACGAUAAAUAGUAUGUUCAGCAAGGCGUAGUUUGUCUGUUCUUUCAUGGGAUGUCCACACCUUUUCCACGGCAAAACAAA